UAGCACAGUGUGUCAAACACAAAUGCAAGCCAAACUUUUGCACACCUCACCGGUAUGCUGUGAGAUACGUAAAUUGGCUCGUUUACGUGUGGUGGACAACAGUGACUUGGGCAAACGGGCUAUGGCCGAGGGAAGGCCACCUCGUUGCAUUCAUGUCUACAACAAACGCGGCAUAGGUUUGGUGGGAGACAAAGUUUUGGUUGCCAUCAAGGGACAAAUGAAAAAGGGCAUUUUGGUGGGAUUAAAACAAAAGCAGAAACCCAAAAUUCCCAAAUUUGACAGCAACAACCUGGUGUUGAUCGAUGACAAUGGAACACCAUUGGGAACACGUAUCCAUGUCCCAGUGCCCACAAUUUUGCGAACAAUACUAAAGGAGAAGACCCAGGCAAAGGGUGCCGAUUAUACUAAAGUUUUGGCCAUAGCAAGUAGAUUUAUAUAA